GCAUCGUACACCUGGUUGCAGAUAAACACGCUGCAGCGGGGUUUCACAAUUAAAUUUUCGAAACACCGAGGUCUCAGAAUGGGCACAUAACCGAAUGGAUGGGUUGCGCUUUUGACAGGCGAUAAAGGAGACCGACAUCACUUGAGCGCCCCAUGCUGCAGCCACGACCCCCUGCCCUGCCCAUCCCCUCUGCAUCCUCCACCUAGCUACUCAACGAACAGAUGUUGGAGCCAUUCUAUGCGCAUGCAGAUGGUGAAUCGGCGUCGAGCUACACGGCAUCAUCGUCGUCGAUGGCUUCGACGUCGGCACGACGCCUUCACAAGCGCCUAUCACAUCAAGGUUACCAAAUGAUUGAUGAAUUAUGGAAGGUCACCCAGAAUCCGACUGCUAUCCAGAGACAAGAGCUGCUCCAGAAAAUCAAUGCUCUCCCUGGUUGCGAUCAUUACACAAAUAGUGCUCUUCAAACUCUCUUCUCCCGAAGACGAAAGGAUGCUGCGGCGCGGGCUGCUCGUUACGGGAGCCUGCCGCAGAAAAUAGAGGGCUCUGGUACUGUGAGCAGCAGCGAAGACAUACUAUACCCCUCUUUCAAAAACAGCCCAGGGGUCAUCCCCAGCCUACAGGUGCUGUUGAAUGAGUUCCCUCUGCCCAAUGAUGAAAUGGUCAGGAUAUGGGCAAAACGUCUGCGUGUACAUUACGAGGACGUGCAAACGUGGAUCCAGUUUGAGCGAGCCUCUGCUCCAGUGAGGGAACGGAGUAGCUCCGUAAAUGAAUCAGCCCGAACACAAUUACCCACCCCUGGGUCAUCAUGCUCUCCGGAGCCCUCCACCCUCUGGCAAUUGCCAGCACACAUACCGGUUCCUGAGGCCCACCGUGCGCAUGCAUCGCUGUUCCUCGAGGACCAAGAUAUUGAAGAAGAGCAAAAGCCAAAUUUCCUUACCCUUGAGCAACGUCAAGAACUAGCGCAGGACGUCAGAGCCGCCCUCUCAGCACCUCAGCCUCCACCGCCGAAGACAGCCGACGAAGCAAAGAAAUGGCUUGACGAGCAGGAGCAGAAUAUGUCGACUUUUCUACAGAAGAUUCGGUUAGGAGACUAUGCCCAGUUUGGGCUAGAGCCCUCCUUAUUGCCCAAGUGCAGUGAACAUGACACCAUCUUGACCAGAAGCGAUGGGGACAUGAAGAUGGAUCUGGCAUAGUAAUUAUCUGUAGCCGUACCUUCGUUCUUUCCAUAUCCCUUCAUUUCGUAAGGUUAUUGCACGCAUUUAUUCGUGUUGUACGUCUAGGGUCGAGUGAAAAGCAGAUGUAA